UCACCUCGGAUCUUUCAACCAGUCCAGCCUACCCAACAGUACGCCACUUCUACGCCUGCGCGGGGACGGUGAGGCGGGGCCCGCAACUUCCUCAGCGGGAGGGGGAGUGCACACUGGAGCCGCCGGAAGAGAACGACUCUAAUCUGGAUCAGCUUCCCAAUCAACUGAGCAAGGAGCCAGGCUUUCUGGGUUACAACAUGGCGGCUACCAGUGGAACUGAUGAACCGGUUUCCGGGGAGUUGGUGUCUGUGGCACAUGCGCUUUCCCUCCCAGCAGAGUCCUAUGGCAACGAUCCUGACAUUGAGAUGGCUUGGGCCAUGAGGGCAAUGCAGCAUGCUGAAGUCUAUUACAAGCUGAUUUCAUCAGUUGACCCACAGUUCCUGAAACUCACCAAAGUAGAUGACCAAAUUUACUCUGAGUUCCGGAAAAAUUUUGAGAAGCUGAAGAUAGAUGUAUUGGACCCAGAAGAACUCAAGUCAGAAUCAGCCAAAGAGAAGUGGAGGCCAUUCUGCUUAAAGUUUAAUGGGAUUGUUGAAGACUUCAACUAUGGUACUUUGCUGCGACUAGAUUGUUCUCAGGGCUACACUGAAGAAAACACCAUCUUUGCCCCCAGGAUACAAUUCUUUGCCAUUGAAAUUGCUCGGAACCGGGAAGGCUGUAACAAAGCUGUUUAUAUCAGUGUUCAGGACAAAGAAGGAGAGAAAGAAGUCAACAAUGGAGGAGAAAAAAGAGCUGACAGGGGAGAAGAGAACACCAAGAAUAGAGGAGAGAAAGGAGUUGAUAGUGGAGAAGAAAAAGAGGAAGGAAUCAACAGAGAAGAGAAAACUGACAAAGGAGGAGAAAAAGGGGAAGAAGCUGACAAAGACAUCAACAGAAGUGGUGAAAAAGCUAUGUAAGGUAUACAGGGAGCAGCACUCUAGAAGCUGUGUGUCAAUUGAGCCUACAAGCACCACAGUGCUACUUGCACAGACCUCUUUGGUUAAAUGUAAAUUCUUGUGCAAUUUAAGAACACUCAGGAGGACAUCCUUCUAGCCUAAUAGGAUCUGCUCUUGUGGUUACCUUGUAUGAACUGUCCUAAAGACUAAUAGUGGGGUAUUAGUUGUUUUUUUUCUGGUGUACUGUUUUUUGGCUGUCACCACUGGUCAAGUAAGAAAUUUUGUAAAUAAAUGUCUUUUGGUUCUUUUUA